AUGUCUUCAGGAAUCUCCAUCGGUGGAUUCGCGGUCAUACCUGUCAUCUAUAACGAGGGGUCCUCCGACCCCUCAAUUUCAAAGAAAAAACAGCCUACACAACAUUACAUCUACGCUCGUGCACAACAGAAAACCAAAAAUUCCAAGUCCUCAUGGCCUGAUGGACGGACGCUCUUUCUGGUGAAUGUACCACCGGACGCGACGGAGAGAGAGCUUAUGAUGCUUUUCAAACCAUACGGAACAAUUGAGAGGGUCGUGUUUGAUCUGGAUGGAGAGAAGGAAGAAGAAGAACUGGAGGAAAGCGAUGAAGAUGAAGACGGAAUGGGUGUGGAAACAGUCCCAGCCGACCUGGAAGACAAGGAAGAGGACGAAGGUCCUAGACGGAAACGGAGAAAAAUCGUCAAACCUCAGGUUGUUCCGUUACCUGUAAAGACUCGACGGAGAUUGCGAAAGACUGGUCAAACAGCACACGUCGUCUUUCUUGAUUCUUCCUCGUUGGAUCGCUCCCUCUCCAUUGCGCCUCAAAAACCUCGUUUGUGGCCUAUUUCUGAUGAGGAACCUUGCGGUCUAGGGCAUUAUACCACGUUAUACGAUUCUUUACGACCGCCGUUGGAGGCAGUUCGUGAGCAUGCCGACACGUACAUGGAGCUAUUUGAAUUCGAGCUAGCAAAGACGAAACAAAAAUCAAAAUAUCGCAAAGGAGAAGCAAUUGUGGACGAGGAUGGAUUUACACUGGUCACUCGUGGUGGAGCCUAUGGUCAGACUUUGGGGGGAGGAGUUGCAGUUGCAACUAAGAGGUUUCAGGAAACGGGGGAAACGAGCGAGAGGCAGGCAGGAAGGCCAAAGAAGAAGGAGAAAACGAAUUUCUACGCCUUUCAGAAGGCGGAGAAACAGCGGAACGGUAUGGGCUUUUUGACUCACCUCUUUUUUUUUUUCUCUUUUUACGAAUUGUCCUUCAUUCAGAUCUCAUCGAGCUGA